AUGUAUAAUUCUGUAGGAUUUUCAGCAAGUUCUUUAGACUGGAAGACUGCAUCAAACCAUUCACCAAAGACAAGACUGUGUCUGAAUAUUACACUUGCUGGAUGUAAACAUAGUGACAUUAAGAGGGCCAAGGAUGACAUCACACAGUAUAUAGAAGGAAUAGAAUAUAAUGAUAUAGAUCCUGACAUGAUUUUGGACCUAGUUUCUGCAGAACUGAACCCAGGCAUUGCAAAGCAUUUAGUACACAGAGAUCCAAAUAAUUUCCAAAAAUGGAGGAAAGAGUUAUCCAAAUUUUUUAAUGUUUAUUUUUGGAUAAACAAAGGUAUUCCAAAGAUAGAGAUUUGGGGAUCUUUUGACAGCAUACUACAAACUGAGCAGUACUUUGAGAAUGAAUUUCCAAUGUCACCAUUAAAGAGUGAAAUAGCCCUCCUAGAAAUCCAUGAUCAGCACUAUGAGCAACCCAAGUGGGUUACACUGACAAUAACUGCAUCAGCGGAAGAAAUUGCAUGUAUUAAAAAGUUUUUGAACAAUGAGGUUGAAAGUCUGAAAUCAAACAAGGAUCUUCGAAACCUAAAUAUGUUUGAGGACAGACUGACAGUCAUGUGUGCACCUUCUUUCCAGUCUGAAGCAAAAUCAAAGAUGCAAGAAAUGAUUGAUGAAGUAAAGAAGUUACCAAGCCAAAAUGUCAAUCUAGGUUCAAAAAAGGAAGAAGAUUUUGUUUUGAAAAUGGAUUUUCAAGAUAGCAUAUUGUGCUUACCAGUAUCAAAUGAAAAACAUCAUUCAAUCAAAGUAAUUGGUAAAGACAAAGUAUUGGUAAAAGGAGCAUGUCAAAAGAUAAAGCUGAACAGUGAGCAAGGAAAGUGUAGGCAGAUGGAUGUUUCCUUUGAGUUUGAAAAAGCGACCUUCAAAUUCAAGAAACUUGAAAUGACUGUCCUUUGCCAUGACAUAACAAAUAUUGUGGUGGAUUGCAUUGUAUCUCCUGUGAAUAAGGUAGUGUCCACUGAGACAGGUGUUGCAAAAUCCAUAGCUAAAAAGGCUGGGAAGUGUUAUAAAGGGCAAUGCAAAGCCAUUGGUGAUAAAAGGACACUUUAUUUAACAGAAUGUGUUGAAACAGAAUCAGGACUGUUGCAAAAAUGCAAAUAUGUGAUACAUGUCUAUAGCCCACUACGGUGUGAAGCAAACAGACUGAAUGAACAGCUUUUAGACAUUGAAUAUUCAGUAACAAACUGUCUUAAAAAGGCAGAUCAGUUGCGAAUGACUUCAAUAGCAAUUCCAUUUCUUGGUACAGGGACAAGUAACUUUCCAAUAGAUCAUUGCGCAAUACAAUACUUUAGAGCUGUUGAUGCCUUUAAAGAUGCUGAAACCUUAAAGAAAGUUAUGUUAGUUGAUAUCAGUCAAGAGAAAGUCACCAAGGUUUGUUCUAAGAUUUCAAAAUGUAUAAGCAUGAGUGCUAACAUCUUGUCAGAUGCAGUAUUAGCUGUCAAGGCUUCCAAGUCACUUGUCAGAUACCACUUUGCACAUAAACUGAUGCAAGAAGUUGAUACAGAUGCAGUAGUCAUGAAAGUAGAUGAGAACCUAAAUGGUCAUGGGGAAGAUGUGGAACUUAUUCUAGCCCGUGCAACUCAAAGGUUUAAAGAUGUGUACAAGGAGCAAUGUAGAAUAUCACAUACUUGCACCACUGUUGUUCCAAUACAAGCUGAUCUGGAAGGACUUAGAUGGAAAUUUGUCUUUUUUGCUGUUAUCCCAGUUUUGAAAGAUGAUCCUGUAAAUUAUGAGAAUUACCUCAAUAUCACAGUUCAACACAUUCUUCAGUAUGCAUCUGAACAAGAUAUUUCAGACAUAACACUACCUAUCUUAAGCUGUGAAGAUGAUCCUACUUCAUUAGAUUUAUGCUGCAAAGCAAUGGUCAGUUCUGUGUUACGUUUUGGACAUCAAACCAAAAGAAAACUCGAACGUAUACAGUUCCUUUCUAGAGAUAGCAAAGCAUUAACAACAUUGAUGCUUGCAAUGUUAGAACAGCUUGAAAAUGGUAAAAUAAAAGUUGCUUAUUAAUUCUGUUUGAAAAUGGAGUUGCUGCUGAAACAGUGAGGACAAUAUCAUGCUAGGAUAUGUUGAAUUUGGACUAACAGAGAACAAGACUUUAUUACACAGUGUAAAACUUCCAACAAAUUUAAUUAAUAUCAUUAGGAGUUUAUGUGAUGCCAUCAACUCAACAAAUUCAACAAUACUAUUAGAAUAUUAUUAAACAGUGGAGUGACAUUGCAUUUCUAAAUGUUUAAAUGAAAUUGUGUAUGUUUCAUUAUGGACCAUUUGUAUAUUAUGUAAUAGUUCAUAAUUUGUUAUUAAAAUAACAUUUGUUUUGGUUUUAAAAGUAUAGAUACUAUGUCUUAUGAACUUAAAUUGUUUUGUUUGUUUAUUUGUUUGUUUUUUACCUUUGUAUUGUUCUUUUUUAGCAAAGCAAAACUAUGCAAAGACAAAUUAGACAGAAAUUUGUAAGAACUUGUAUAUGUAUUUAUAUUUGAAAAUGAUUUAUGAAAACCUA